AUGCUCCUCCUCGCGGACGGAUCCACCAUCGGAGGCUUCGACGUCGCCGCUGACCCGUCGUCCAUGACCAAGCGACCCUCCAUCGGCCGCACGGAAUGCGUUAUUCUGGAACCUGAAGGACACUGCUACUCGUACCUGUCGUCGCAAACACUGGCGACUGCGUCGUCUGUCCAACGAUUCACGUGUGCGUCGGCUCCGUCCGCGCACAUCCCGCUUCUUCGCCGCGUUUUGGCAUUCCGCAACAUGCACAUUGUCGAUCGACCGGUCUAUCUUCAUCAACAUCACUUGCUGCCAUCAGCGCUGCAAUGGCACGCAGGCGAUUCCCCACGCGAGCAUCCGAUCACCGUGCGAUGGCGCCGCGGAACGUUCCAACUUUCGCGCAUGGAACGACCCGACGGACUGCGCGUCCAAUCGUUGGAUGGCAUGGCCAGCGUGACACUCAUGACCCAGUCAACUCACUACUUCCGCGCAUCCUUCCUCGCGCCGGUCGACUACCAUUCGUCUGGUCAGCACAAGACAACCGGACGCGCACUCUUCACCCGCGUGCACCAAUACUUCACUCCACACAACGUUCCAGCGGCGUUUCGAUAUCCCGCGGAGGUGUUGGUGCUUGCGAUGGCGGCUCGGAACGACUGCCGCAAAUCCUUGGACUGCUUUGGAACUCCUUCAUGCCCCACGCCUUCGUCUGACAGCUACGUCGUGACCGCUCUUCCCACCAACAGCGCAUUCGGGGCCCGCCCCAACUGGACGCACUUUCGGCCGUCCAGGACAUCGCUGCCACUUUCCCCCGCUGACUUGUAUUCGUUCUGCAAACGACGGAGUGUUUCGUGUGACGAGUCCAUCGCAUCCACCAACGUCUUCCCCCAUGACGUUCGAGUGGAAUGGACGAAAUCCGCCACAUUCAUCGCCGUCCCGUUCCGCGGGACUGUGUGUGUCCAUGUCCAUGCCGACGACUCGUCCAUCGAGUACAGCCGCAGUGGAUUCUUCGUCCACCGCCGUGGCGACCAAGACCAUUGCUACACCGUCGAUGCGAUGCCGAUGCGGUCGCCGUUCCGUCGACUCGACGACGCAUGCAACGUUGUGGACAUUUGCCUCCGUGCGAAACGGCUGUGCGAAACCAUGACAACCGACAGAAAGGACGCCCCAACGACUUCACCAAACAACGACAUGGCACCACAUGCGAUCGUCGAAGAUCAGGAGAACGAGAUGGGCGUGUUUCGAGCGUUCAGCGAUGGCCGUGUCCGUGUCGUGUUUCGUGACCGCACGAUUUUAUCGAUGGACGCGCAGGCUAAAUUUUGUUCGCUGUUCCUGUCAUCUGGAGACACCGUCACGAUGUCCGCCGCAUCGCCGUCACCGGAGUACCUCAGAUACGUCGUAGCAGCACAGAGUUUCCAGGGGUGGGCUUUUCGAACACCACCUGAACGUGCUGCGUACGUUCGCAAGUUGCAGCAUCAGCACGAUCUCGUCGACAACGAACUGCGACGAACACGACAAUUCGUCAGGGACUUCACCAAGAUAGACGAUAGAGAUAUGGCUGUCCUUCAGACCUAUCCACGGGGAAGCAUACAGGACGUCCUUCACGCCACCGCCGCCCACAUCCAGCGGGUCGACGCGGCGCUCAAGGCAAAUGACCAAGCCAUCUUUGGCGGCGUCAAGUAAUGCAACACCCAAUCACAGAUCAGUAUUCCAA